AUGUGGUCCUGCUGCAAGUCUCGCAAAGAUGCUUCUGGCGAAACGGAGCCCCUUCUCCCAAUCUCAGAGGCCGAGUCCGAGUUGCAGCGGAAGGUGAAAGAGAAAUUCCGUCAAUAUGAGAUGUUCCGGGCGAUAUCUGCUGGCUACAUGCCAUCCACGGAGCAAGCGGCAGCUCUUCUGUGGCUCGUCCUCGUCUCUGACUUGCUCAAUCCGGAUAAUCCUACGCUGAGCCCAAGCAGUGGGAAGAUAGCAAAGGACUGUCGAGCUUGGAUUCGAAUAUUCAUUGGGUUGCUACGGGACAAGAAUGGGGAAGACCAGUUGCAGGAAUUGAUCAACCAAUUCAUGAAUUCGAAUGCUUCUAUAAACACCGCUCAGAUUGCGUCGUCUGCAUCGGCAUCAAAAGCACGAGCGGACACAGUGGCCGCAUAUGAAAGCAUUCGUACUGUCGGGAGCCUUCUUAUGACCAAUUCGGAUUUUCGUCGUUUGGUUGGAGACUUAAGCACUGUCGGCCGCAGUAUCUUCUCAGAUACCGCCGCGUCGCUUUCGGACGCCGUAAAUAAGGUCUCCGAAGAAGCUGAGCCUUCCGAGGCACAGAAAGAAAGCGUUAAAGCAACAAAUGGUCACGGAGGGGAAGCUCCAACUGCUGAUGAGCUCCUCCAGAAUGGCGAGCAGGUAAUGGAAGUUGCAAAGGAAGGGUUGGAAGAUACCGGGCGUGCUGCUAAAAAGAGCGCCGAAGAAAACGUAUCCACAGAAGUACAGGAUUCGCUUCUUCAUACGAUGAGAAAAACCGUCGAAGACCUGCGUCAAAGGGCCGACUAUGACAAAUCUGUAUCCACCAUAUCGAGUCUUGUCCAACGCUAUGCGAAGAUAUAUAUUCAGACCAUAGGCUCCACAGUUGAAAGUGCCCCGGAAGCUUUAGAGGUUGACCCGGAGCUGCAUAACGCCAUGAAGAAUCUAUGGGACUUUGCGAGCGCCUUCGGAAGCCAAGAGGAGUGGCAGGUUCUCCAGGGUAAAUUCCAACAGCUUAUGCAGAAUUCCGAAAAGAGCACACAAAUUAAUGAUACUCUCGAGCACCUCGGGGAAUCAGUGUACAAACUCUUCACUGACCCGGCCUUUUGGGAUACGGGUGAGGAUACGGUUCAAGAGUUGAAAACGAAGGUGAAGGAGGCUGGAGACGACUUACCGCAACAGGAGGUCAAAGACUUCAUUUAUCAACUGAAGAAAACACUUAUAUCGGUAUCUCAAGAUGCGGGAGUUGCCAAACUCAUCACUGCCUCGAAGAACAUCUGGCUGGACAUCUGCCAAGCCUAUCGGAAUGAAGGUGUUCGCCUCAUGGCAGACGCCCUCAACGUCUUCUUCCCUCUUCUAAUCCGAGCAAUUCAACAUAUCCCGAUACCAAGGCUGGAGGUUUCAACCCCAGAGAUAGAUCUCCUCCUUGAAAACGUCGUGAUCGAACCGGGCCACACGGUUCAUAGCUCGUCGUUCCUCCCAUAUCAGAUACUAGUCACCAUGAUAAAUAAUAUGGAGCUUCGCAAGACUCACUCCAAAGAAGCAGUAUCGGGGAUGAAAAACACGGUAAACGUCACCUUGAACGGCCUUAGCUUUGCGGCAAAUAAUUUCGGCUAUUGGGUCAAAGUACACCGGUCUCCAUUCCUGUCCAUAUUUGAUGAAGGCAUCGCCAGCUUCUGUCUCGACCACCGUGGAAUUGAUAUCUCUUGUGAAUUCGAGGUUGGCCGAGAGCGGUUGGAGCAAAUACUCGCCCUCCGCGCCGUUCGCGUCCACAUCCAUAAACUUGACUAUUCAAUUCAGAAGAGUCGCUGGUCAUGCAUUUUGUGGGCUCUCAAGCCGUUCUUAAAACACAUGAUCCGACGCAGCCUUGAGAAAACGAUAGCGGAGAAGAUAGUUGGUUUUGCUCGUGCAGCAAAUCGGGAGCUUCUCUUUGUGAGGGAACGUCUACGGGCUACCCGCAUAGCUGAUCCUGACGACUUCUUGACUUUUGUGCGCGCGGUCUUGACCAGGUUGAGCGGAAAGUCAGACCCAGAUAUAUAUACUAGAUUCGGCUUUGAUGCUCAAAGGGGGGGUAUCUUUGAUGGGAUAUAUGCACCGGGCAGCUUGGCCAAAUCGUGGCACGAUGAAGAGCAAAGAGCAGAUAACCUCAUCGAGAGGGGCAGCCAGAUCAGUGUUGAUAACAGGUCGACUUGGAGGAAUAAUAUAUUCGAUGUCCCUGCCACAGCCAGGGCAACAGAGCAUUGA